CUGCCUCACUUCAUCAACAGCUCCCUGCCGGCCCACGAGCGCACCACGGCGCAGCAGAUCGACAGCUACUUCCGCCAGGAGCUCAUCUACAAGCGCAACGAGCGCAUGGCCCGCCGCAUCUCCGCCCUGCUGCAGCGCCGGCCCGCGCAGACCUACUUCUUUGCCUUCGGUGCAGGUCACUUCCUGGGGAACCACAGUGUCCUGGAUAUCCUGAGGCAGGAGGGCUAUGAGAUCGUCCACACACCGUCUGAUCACCAGGAGACACCCCCGGGGGAGGAAGCAGUCGGGAGGGGAGAGGAUACCACGGUGGACCCCGCUGUGGAGAGCCCCGGGGUGGGUACAGCCUCGACCGUCGACUGGGGGACCGGCUCCCCUGAGGAAGAGGAGGAGGAGGAGCUGGAGGAGGAAGAGGAGGAGGAGGAGGGGUUCCUGGGUGAGCUCGGGCAGGAUGACAUGCUGCCCCACAUGCUGCUCCCCGACAGCCUGAGCCAGCUAGAGGAGUUUGGGCGACACAAGCGUCCGCGUAAGGCCCACCGCGGCCACGGGAGGCCCCGGCUCUUCAGCGACCUGUGGGUCCGCAUGGAGGACAGCUCGACGCCGCCACCCGACGUGAGGGUCAUCAACGGCUACGUGACGGUGGUGCCUCCGUUGACCGGCCAGGAGCAACACAGGCGGGCCGAGCUUUCCCCGGCGUGGCAGGACCCCAGCACAACCGCCCCCUACACCCACCAGAGUCAUAGCCAUAGCUCUGCCCGGUCAGGCUGGGAAGGCAGCACUCUCGUAGUCCUCCCCUCUCUUCUGGCCUGGCUGCUGUCGCACAUGCUGUUCACCUCCUGACCACACGGGGCAGCUCUCACACAGACAGACACAUAGGACCCCUGUGUCUCUCCUCCACCAGAGAGAUGGAGUGUGUGUGUGUGUGUGUGGGGGGGGGGGGGGGGGCCGUUGUUCUCUAUCAUGCACCAAAACACCUCGUCAAGCCUUACAAACUAUAGCGUUGAAUAAGCUCUGAGCCGCGAUGCAGAGGAUGAAUAGACUGCGUCUGGUAUAAAAAUGUGUCUCAUCAGGAGGAAACUCCUGCAUGGGAAAUUCUAAAAAACCUAAUAAGUAUUAUGAUAGAAGAUUGAUAGCAGUACAGAUUUUAAUACAGCACAAUUAACACCUGUGAUUUGUAUGAUUGUGUGGUGUUCUAUGUGGAAGAAUAUGCCACUACAAUAACCAUGAUGGCUAUAACAAACUGUAAAGAAAACUGUAACAUUUUUUAACUGGAGGUGGGUCUUUGUUGCCAGUUUUGUAAAUUGUGCAUUUUGUUUAUAAAGAAAUAUUGUAUAUUUAUUAUAUCUGGUAAUAAAGAGUAUAUUUUCUUGCAGUUGAAGAUUAUUGACAAUAAAACAUUGAAAAACUGA